GAGCCUGCCUCGGGCAGCAUGGCGACCAGAGACUCCAGCGCGAGCGACAGAAAGACCGGGACCUUGAGCACCGCUGUGCACGAGCACCUUCGGAAGCUCUGUCUGCGUGAAUUCCCGUGUGGCACCGGGAGCUGGAAUAAGUCACGCUUUCUUCCUCAAAGAUGGCGAACCUGGAGGGAGUUGGUCCCCAAGGAGGAGGAGACAGUGAGCGCCCAGGAGGAGACUGUGGAGACCCUGCUGGGCUUGGUCCGCAGCACCCACUCUCCCUGGGUUUUGAUGAAGGACUCCAGUGCUGAGGACCGUUUCCUGAGAGAACUGGCCAUCCAGCAUCUGAUGAUCAAAGACGCUUUCUUCUAUUCCUAUUUCCGGUCCCUGCGGGUGGUGGACAAGGGGGUGAAUCUGGUGGAUAAAGACCUCUUGAAAUUUCUAAAGCUGGAGGAGUUGAUUCUGAGUGCCAAUGAAAUUGAGGAAAUCGAUGCCAAUAAUCUGCCCCCAACAUUGAAGGUGCUGGAGCUGUACGGCAACCUGAUCAGCAGCAUGGAGUGUCUGUGCUCACCCGCACCCCCGAACCUGCAGCACCUGGGGCUCGGCCACAACAAGCUGCUGGGCCCUUUGCAGAGUCUGUAUGUCACCUCCAACAACUGGCCCAAACUCGUCUCCCUGGACCUGGGCUUCAACGACUUGACCGACCUGCAGAGCAUGAUAGGGGGGCUCCGCACCCUGCAGCACCUGAGGCUGCUAGUGCUGCAGGGGAACCCAAUGGCCCUGGUGCCAUACUACCGUGGCUUCACCGUGGACAGCCUGACGCACCUCUGUGUGCUGGAUGACGUCACCGUGUCCCCCAGCGAGAAGCACCAGUUUCGGGGACUCAGCAUCCACGGUGACAUGUUGGCACGGGAGGCACAGUUUGUGGUGACCAUCGGAAAUGUCAGGGGGGUGAUGGACACCUCUAUCUUGGACCCGGAGCCGGGACCUGAUGGCCCCUUCAUCAGCUACAGCUAUUAUGUGACCUAUGACUUCGUGGAGGACGAAGAAGGCGAAAGGAACGCCUUCGCCAGCGCCAUGGCCGAGAUGCAGCCUGACAGUGUUCUGGCUGAGAUCGAGCCCUCCUCCAGCACCGUGCAGUUAGAUGAGGAGGGUCAUGAGGAGGGCCAGCAGGAGGACCAACCGGAGGUUCUGUUGGCGGGCCGCCCCGCGGGGCCCCAGCGCCCAGCCCGCCAGGGCCAGGUCCGCCAACCCCGCCCGGGGGGCCGUCAGAAGACUCGCCAAGAGUCUCCCAAGGACAUGUCCCAGGAGAUGUCUGAGUUUAUAGCUGAGAUGAAUCUGAUGGCCGAGGACUCGGGAGAGUCUGGGAUCACGGAUAUGGAGGAGUCGGAGACGACCAUUUCCAUCCGCUCUGCCCCGCUGCCGCAGUCCAUUGACUCUUCCGAAGAACUGUCAAAGCUGCGGCCACGCAUAGAUGCGCGGCUCUGUCCGUCCCCAGGGACAGUCCUCUUCAGCACCGUCCGAAAGCCCUGGACCGACGUCAUUCCUUGCAACUAUGAGAUGAAGCAUACCCUCAAGGAGCUGGUGCGGGUCAAGGCCUUCCUGCUGGCCGGGACCACCGUGACCAUCGUGGAGGAGAAGAUUCUCUCCUGGCCUGUGUUGCCAACCCCGGUCGAGAGUCCCUUGCCCGCCAAGAGUCCCUUGCCUGCCAAGAGUCCCUUGCCGGACAAGAAGGGGAAGGACGACAAGAAGGGGAAGGACGACAAGAAGGAAAAGGCGCCCAAGAAGAAGAAGGAGCCGCCCAGGGAACUGCGCCAGGACCCGCCCGUGCUGCGCGUGCUGGGUAGCGGCCUGGUCUACCUGGAGCCCUUGCUGGCAGGGGAGACGGCGGUGACCACCGUGUGUAAUUUUGGGGUGGUCCGCACCCUGGAGUCUGACAGGUUGACGAAUGCCAGGGAUUCAAAGAAGAUAAAGAAAGGUCCCAAAAAAGAAAAGUCAAAAACGGCAGUUCCAACCUUCGAAAGCGUGUACCAGCCGGAGCCCCUGACCGUGGAGGUCCAGAUCCAGCUGCAACAGUACCGCUCGGGGGAGGAAGCAUUCCUCAGCCUGGUUGACUAGCCGGGGAGAGUAAAGAAAGGCUGCUCUGCGGCCGGAGCUUG